CUGCCUUUUCUCUGGUCCCUAGUAGCAUUUUGCCAUCUUCUCUGUGCAAUUGCUUUGUGCUUCAAGGGCUUGUGAAGGGGUGUUUGCUGAGAGGGAGUGAGUCACAGAAUUGCCUCAGGAAGGAAUUAGUAGCCAGGACCUCUCUAUAUAGCGAUAGACCCACUCUCUGGAGCUCAGUGACAGAGGUUGAGGAACAACCAGGCUAACAAGGGUCUUUUUCCUGGGUGCUUAGUAGGCAGUUUUUGAGGGGGAAGGUCAUAGUCCUUUUUAAGUGCCUCAUUAAGAUUUUUGAGAGGAUGGAACGUGGAAGAGUUGCUGCAAUACUUGUGGCGUGUUUGUCUUCUUGCCUAUGGAUGUGGGCAACUUCAUCAAGUGCAAGUUGGUAAUCCUGUUGGAAGAGAAACUCUAGCAGCUGGAGACCACGGUAUCUAUACUUCAGCAUCUUAGGAAGCAAGACGUUUUCCUGGACAGAACAGAACAGACUGUCCUGAUUGAGGAAACCCAAGGAGGAGGACACCAUAAGUUGGAAUUGACUUGAAGGUAAUAUUCAGGAGAUAGAGAAUUUUAUUGAGCCAUCUAUGGUAUCAUCAGAAACAUCCAAGAACAUUGUGGUGAAAGAUGAGUUUGUAAAUCAAAGGGAACUGAAAAGGCAAAAGGGAAACCAACCAAUGAAUAGGAAGAACAACUCCUCUACUUCUCAGAGGGAUAAUUGUGAUCUGACCACCCCAAAAAACUACAAAGGGAAAAGGAGGGUAAACUGUUUUGUCUGUGGAAAAAUAUUCCAAUAUAAUUUUCUCUUAAAAGUACACAGCAGAAUACACACAAAGGAGAAACCAUAUAAAUGCAUGCAAUGUGGAAAGAGAUUCACUCAGAGUGGACAUUUCAAUGCACAUCAGAGAACACACACUGGGGAGAAACCAUACAAAUGCAUGGAAUGUGGAAAGAGCUUCGCUCAGAAUUCAACUCUACAGUCACAUCGAAAAACCCACACGGGAGAAAAACCAUACAAAUGCAUGGAAUGUGGAAGGAACUUCUCUCGUUUUGACAAUUUAUAUUCACAUCAAAGAACUCACACAGGAGAGAAACCAUAUAAAUGCAUAGAAUGUGGAAAGAGCUUCAGUCAACGUGGAAAUCUACAUUCACAUCGAAAAACCCACACAGGGGAGAAACCUUAUAAAUGCAUGGAAUGUGGAAAGAGCUUCAGUCAACGUGGAACUCUACAUUUACACCAAAGAAUUCACACAGGAGAGAAACCACAUAAAUGCAUAGAAUGUGGAAAGACCUUUUCUUUUAGUCACAGUUUGUAUUCACAUCAAAGAACCCACACGGGGGAAAAACCAUAUAAAUGCAUGGAAUGUGGAAAGAGCUUCUCUUAUCAUCAAAAUUUAAGAUCACAUCAAAAAACCCACACAGGGGAGAAACCAUAUAAAUGCUUGGAAUGUGGAAAGAGUUUCUCUACUAAUAAUAAUUUACGUUCACAUCAAAGAACUCACACAGGGGAGAAACCAUAUAGAUGCAUGGAAUGUGGAAAGAGCUUCAGGGACAGUGGUUCAUGUAGUAAGCAUCAAAGAAUCCACACAGGGGAGAAACCAUAUAAAUGCAUGGAAUGUGGAAAGAGCUUCAGUGAGAAUGCAUAUCUUCAAGCGCACCAAAGGACUCAUGCAGGGGAGAAACCAUACAAAUGCACAGACUGUGGAAAGACCUUCUCCUAUCGUCAAUAUUUACGUUCACAUCAAAGAACCCACACUGGGGAGAGGCCAUAUCAAUGCAUAGAAUGUGGAAAGAGCUUCACUCAGAGUGGACAUCUACGUACACAUCAAAGACUCCACACAGGGGAGAAGCCAUAUCAGUGCGAGGAAUGUGGAAAGAGCUUCAGUCAACGUGGAAAUCUACAUUUACAUCAAAGAACCCACACUGGGGAGAAACCGUAUAAAUGCACAGAAUGUGGAAAAACCUUCUCUCAUAGUACUUCUUUACAUUCACAUCAAAGAAGCCACACAGGCCAAAAAGCAUAUAAAUGCAUAGAAUGUGGGAAGACUUUUUCUUAUAGUCAAAAUUUACAUACACAUCAAAGAAUCCACACAGGGGAGAAAUCUUAUAAAUGCAUGGAAUGUGGAAAGAGCUUCGCUCAGAGUUCAACUCUACUUUCACACCAAAAACUUCAUACAGGGGAGAAACCACAUAAAUGCAUAGAAUGUGGAAAGACCUUCUCUCAUCGCCAAAAUUUACAUUCACAUCAAAGAACCCACACUGGGGAGAAGCCGUAUCAGUGCAUGAAAUGUGGAAAAAAGUUCCGACAGAUCGGGCAUCUACGUUCACAUGAAAGAUUCCACAUGGAAAAAAACAUGUAAUGUGGAAAUCACUUCAGUUGGAGUGGAUAGCUUCAUGUACAUCAAACAACCCACUUAGGAAAAGUCACAUAAAUCCAUAUAAUAUUUAAAGACCUCUCAUAGACAAAUGUUACAUUCACACCAAAGAACCCAUUAUGCAUUGACUGUGGAAAGUUUCAAUUUUUAAAGCGGAUUAAAAACUCUAAACAAACCUUAACAUCUGAAUUACACGGUAUUUAAACCCUUGUCAAUCUGAAAAAGCCUCAUGAUGAUUCUAUGUUUUUAUCUACCAUGGAAAGGAGAUCAGGGAGAUGGGGCCAAUCUGGCCUCUCUAGUGAAGGCCUUCCAGAGCCUGGGAGCAGCCACUGAGAAGGCCCACUCUCUUGUUCCCACCAAACGUACCAGAAAGGGUGGAGGAACAGAGAGAAGGGCCUUUCUGGACAGUCUCAACAUUCUAGUGGCCUGUUACAGACUGCCAAAAUAAAGCUGCUUCGGGUCUCUUUGGAGGUAUGCUAUUUA